AUGCGAGCUCCUGCUCCCUCAAUCGACCUCCUCCGGGCGCUUCGUCGCGCCGCCGCCGCCGCCGCAGCAGCAGCAACGGCCUCGUCUCUACAUACGAACCCAUCUCAAGCACAACGCCCCCUAGUUAUCUCUCUCACACGACGCCAAACAUGCUACACUCUACCCUUUCGGGCGAGACAUGUUCGUCCACUCUCUACAACCGCCCCAAGCCGCCAGCAAGCGUCUUCUUCUUCCUCUUCUUCCUCUAAACCGGCCACCCCGUCUCUAACGCCCACCAGCCGCUCGAGACAGAUCAACCCUCGCGCGCCGAAACACCGCGACCGUGGCCCCCCUUCAAAAGAAGACACGCAGACGGAUUUCUCCAAAAUGGACAUUCUGGCCAGCGCGGGGGUUGAGGAACCCGCCACAUCCAUCGACGCCUGCACAAGCGAUGGGUUUCAUUUAAACAAUGGCGUGCAGACAUCGGGCGGACAAGGGGUGAUACUGGUGGGCGGAGAAGCGUUUCUGUGGCGGCCGUGGAUGCCUACAACUACUAGUGCUGCCGCUACCGAUGAGGCCUCCUCUGGCGGGAAUGCUGCAAGCAAGACGAGCGGAAGCGGAACCGGAGAAUACAAAGGCUUUACGGUGUUUCUCGACCCCCGCGGGAUGUUGAACUUCCCGCCGUCGACUCUCGGCCUUCUCUCACUCCUCUAUCCCAAACCAGACCUCCUCCUCGUCGGCACGGGUCGCAAAUUGUGGAUGCUCUCUCGCGAAACGAGGAGAUAUCUGUCCGAGGAACUAGGCAUCAAGCUCGAUGUAAUGGACACGCCCAACGCAGCAGCCGCCUACAACUUGCUGGUUAUGGAGCGAGGGGUAGAGGAGGUAGGUUCGAUUUUGAUACCGGAAGGAUGGAUAGGACGGUAG